AUGGUGGACAACAACAAGGACCUCCUCGCUAAGGCGCAGGAAUACUCGACGAACAACAUCGACCUGUACGAGCUACUCCAAAUCGACAGCACUGCGAAAGAAGAAAAGGAAAUUCAACGCGCGUGGCGUAAACAGUCGCUCAAGUACCACCCAGACAAAACUAAGGAUGCCUUCGACCCGGAAAAAUGGGAACUUAUCGAGACGGCCCGAGACAUUCUUCUCGAUGUCGAGGCCCGCGCCGCAUACGACAACGCCCGUAAGGCCGUUCUCCUUCGCAAGGCCGAGCGCCAACGUGUCGAGGGUCAACGCAAGCGUGUGAUUGACGAGCUCGAGGCUGCGGAACAAGAAGCCAAGAGACAGCGCGUCGAAAAGGAGGAACGUGACCGCGAAUUAGAGCGCGAGAAGGCCCGUCUCCGUGAAGAAGGACAGCGGCGCAUGGCCGAGGAGGCCGAACGCUUCAAGAGGGAGCAACUGGAGCGCCUCGAGCGGGAAAGGGAGCCGGACGAGUACGACGAGAAGUUAGCUGAAUUACAAAGGCAAUUAGACGAAAAGAGGCGGCUCAAGGCAGAGAAGAAGGCGAGGAAGAAGGGCAAAACGGACGGCGGAGAUGCAGGUGCACCAACCACUACGAGUACUGCCCCCAACCCAGCACCGGCAGCUCCGCGUGCGCCACCCAAAUGGGAAGAUUUGAAGGCUCGGAUGCUUGAGGCCCAGAGGCGGAAGGAAGCUAAGAAGGCGGCGGAGGCGGGGCCGAAGACGGAAGAUGCGACGAAGGACAUAAUGGAAACUGGGACGACAACGACGACAACCGCUUGA